AUGUCGCAACAGGGGCCCGCGUUCGAUGUAAAUGCUAUGACUUUGACCCGAUGGGUCUUAGCUCAGCAAAGAACCGCGCCGGGGGCUACUGGAGAUUUGACCCAACUUCUAAACUCCAUACAGACUGCUGUCAAGGCCAUACAGUCAGCUGUCAGGAAGGCCGGCAUCGCUAAACUACAUGGAAUAUCUGGCAACACCAACGUCCAAGGUGAAGAGGUGAAGAAACUCGAUGUCCUGUCCAAUGACCUCUUCAUCAACAUGUUAAAGUCGUCUUUUACGACGUGUCUUCUUGUAUCUGAGGAGAACUCCACGGUCAUAGAGGUAGAAACAGAGAGGCGGGGCAAGUACGUGGUCUGCUUUGACCCUUUGGACGGUUCAUCCAACAUUGACUGUCUAGUUUCCGUCGGCUCCAUCUUUGCUAUUUACAAAAAAUCAACAGAUGGCGAGCCCACAGAAGCAGACGCUUUACGACCUGGUCGUGAACUGGUGGCAGCAGGUUAUGCCCUUUACGGGUCUGCCACCAUGAUGGUACUAGCCAUCGGGCAAGGGAAGGGGGUUAAUGGGUUUAUGUAUGACCCCUCAAUCGGCGAAUUUAUUCUCACAGACCCCAACAUGAGGAUACCUGAAAAAGGAAAAAUCUAUUCCAUAAAUGAAGGAUACGCAGCGGAAUGGGCGAUUGGUCUAAAGAAUUACAUAGAAGAGAAGAAGAAUCCAACAAGUGGUAAGGCGUAUGGCGCGCGGUACGUGGGCUCGAUGGUAGCAGAUGUGCACAGAACGAUCAAAUAUGGCGGCAUCUUCAUGUACCCCGCUACAAAUUCCGCACCUAAUGGCAAGCUUCGCCUCUUAUAUGAAUGCAACCCCAUGUCGUUCAUAGUGAACGAAGCGGGCGGAAUUGCAACGAACGGGGAAAUUCCCAUACUCGACAUCCAGCCUACAUCCAUCCAUCAGCGAGCGCCUUGCUACCUCGGCUCCAAAAAGGAUGUCGAAGAACUAAUGAGGUUUUUGAAGUAG